CCGCUUUCUCCCCGUCAGCAGAACGUUUCAUUUUGUUGACGGUAUUCUCUUUUGAUCCAUCUUUUUGUUCUCCCGCCGUCGCCGGCAAAAAGACCGUAUAAUUUCUCCCAUUUUCCUUCGUCAUGCCUAUCUCCAAUGGAGACGCCUCUGGCAGCGCCGUCCAGCGCCUGGGCGGGAAGGUAGAAUUUCCCGACUAUACCAAGGCCCUGGAGGUCUUGAAGACCGAUUACCAGAACCGCGAUGGCCUGGAUAUUAAGGAUUUGCUUGAUUCCAACAAGCGUGGAGCUCUCACCUACAACGAUUUUCUGGUCCUCCCUGGCUACAUUGGCUUUCCCGCCUCUGAUGUUAACCUGGAAUCACCUGUCACAAAGCGCAUCUCCCUGAAGGCCCCAUUGCUCUCCUCUCCAAUGGACACCGUCACCGAGCACUCCAUGGCAAUCCAUAUGGCUCUCCUCGGUGGUCUUGGUGUCAUCCACCACAACUGCUCUGCCGAUGAUCAGGCUGAGAUGGUCAGAAAGGUUAAACGCUUUGAAAACGGCUUCAUCCUGGACCCUGUUGUCAUCUCUCCAAAGACAACAGUCGCUGAAGCCAAGGAAUUGAAGGCACAGUGGGGUUUCGGGGGAUUCCCAGUCACCGAAAAUGGUACCCUUCGAUCCAAGUUGGUUGGCAUUGUCACCUCCAGAGAUAUCCAAUUCCACCCUGAUUUGGAUGAGCCUGUCACUGCCGUCAUGUCCACCGAUCUCGUGACCGCUCCGGCUGGCACAACCCUAGCAGAAGCGAAUGAGGUGCUUCGACGCUCAAAGAAAGGCAAAUUGCCCAUUGUUGAUACAGAUGGAAACCUCGUCUCCCUUCUCUCCCGGACUGAUCUUAUGAAAAAUUUGCACUAUCCAUUGUCAUCUAAGUUACCCCACUCAAAACAACUAAUCGCUGCUGCCGCCAUUGGUACUCGCCCCGAGGACAAGGACAGACUAAAGAAACUCGUUGAUGCCGGCUUGGACAUCGUUGUUCUGGACAGCAGUCAGGGAAAUAGCAUGUACCAGAUUGAAAUGAUCAAAUAUAUCAAGCAAACCUUCCCCGAAAUUGAUGUUAUCGGUGGAAACGUCGUCACCAGAGAACAGGCCGCUGCCUUGAUUGCCGCUGGCGUCGACGGAUUGAGAAUCGGAAUGGGCAGUGGCAGCGCCUGCAUCACCCAGGAGGUUAUGGCCGUGGGACGUCCACAGGCCGCUGCAGUCUAUAAUGUUACUCAAUUUGCCGCCCGCUUUGGUGUCCCCUGUAUUGCGGAUGGUGGUAUCCAGAAUGUUGGCCAUAUCGUCAAGGGUCUUGCCUUGGGAGCCACUACUGUCAUGAUGGGAGGCCUCCUUGCCGGUACCACCGAGUCCCCUGGAGAAUACUUCGUCAGCCGAGAGGGUCAGCUGGUAAAAGCCUACCGUGGUAUGGGUAGCAUCGAUGCCAUGGAGGAGAAGAAAGCCGGAGGAGGUGCCAAAGGCCAAGCUUCAAACACUGCCGGAACAGCCAGAUAUUUCUCCGAAGGCGACCGCCUUCUGGUUGCUCAAGGAGUUUCUGGUUCCGUUCUUGACCGUGGUUCAAUCACUAAAUUCGUUCCUUACCUUAUUGCUGGUAUCCAGCAUUCCUUCCAGGACAUUGGUGUCAAGAGCCUCCAAGAACUGCAUGAUGGUGUUAAUAAGGGAACCGUCAGAUUUGAAGUUCGCACCGCAAGCGCUCAGGCUGAGGGUAAUGUUCACGGCCUCCACAGCUACGACAAGAAGCUCUAUUCUUAAUUGCUGGUACUGAAUUUAGAUAUUAAGUUUUGGUAUUUUAUACUCCAAGGACAUCUUUUUAAUGGUUAUUCUCGGAGGGUUGUGGCGUUUGCUGCAAGCUAUUUUGAAGGCCAGGAGUUUUCAAGGGUUGGGGAUGUGAAGGAUUAUGAACGUUGGCUUCCUGCCAGCGGUACAGAUAAAAGUCUUACUACAGGAUAACUAAACAUUAGUGUGAAUGAGAGGAAUUGUCUCCUGC